GAGGGAGGGAGUGCAGCCGCGGGAGCGGGAUGGAGACCAGCAGCCCGCGGCCCCCGGGACCCAGCCCCGGCCCCGCGCUGGGCCUGGACGCCCGGCUGGGCGUGGACACGCGCCUCUGGGCCAAGGUGCUCUUCACCGCGCUCUACUCGCUCAUCUUCGCGCUGGGCACUGCGGGCAAUGCGCUGUCCGCGCACGUGGUGCUGAAGGCGCGGGCCGGGCCCCCCGGGCGCCUGCGCUGCCACGUGCUCAGCCUGGCGCUCUCCGCCCUGCUGCUGCUGCUGGUCGGCGUGCCCAUGGAGCUCUACAACUUUGUGUGGUUCCACUACCCCUGGGUCUUCGGCGACCUGGGCUGCCGCGCCUACUAUUUCGUGCGCGAGCUGUGCGCCUACGCCAUGGUGCUCAGCGUGGCCAGCCUGAGCGCCGAGCGCUGCCUGGCCGUCUGCCAGCCCCUGCGCGCCCGAAGCCUGUUGACACCGCGCAGGACGCGCCGCCUGCUGUCCCUCGUCUGGGCCGCCUCGCUCGGCCUGGCUCUGCCCAUGGCAAUCGUCAUGGGGCAGAAGCACGAGCUAGAGACGGCCGGCGGGCAGCCGGAGCCCGCCUCGCUCGUGUGCACCGUGCUGGUGAGCCGUACCACGCUGCAGGUCUUCAUCCAGGUGAAUGUGCUGGCGUCCUUUGUGCUCCCCUUGGCACUAACUGCUUUCCUCAGCGGGGUCACCGUGAGCCACCUGGAGGCCCUCUGCUCCCAGGGGCCAUCCCCUUCUGCCACAGGCAGCUCCGCCCCCAGCCACCUGAAGCUAAUGAGCGAGGAGAGGAGGACACUGGCCCUGGGAGGCCAGGCCGCCCUGGUGAGACACAAGGACUCCCGCCGGAUCCGUGGCCUCCAGCGCAGUAUCCAAGUUCUCAGAGCCAUCGUGGCUGUGUAUGUCGUCUGCUGGAUGCCGUACCACGCCCGCAGGCUCAUGUACUGCUACGUCCCUGACAACGGGUGGACCGACAAGCUCUACGAUUUCUAUCACUACUUCUACAUGGUGACAAACACGCUUUUCUACGUCAGCUCGGCGGUGACCCCUGUGCUGUACAAUGCUGUGUCCUCCUCCUUCAGAAAACUCUUCCUAGAAGCCCUCAGCUCCCUGUGUCGAGAGCACCACCCCACGGAGCCAUUCCCCCCAGGGCCCCGGAGCCCCGUCCUAGUGGAUACAGCAUCCGGCCCUGGGGCUCCCCCAGGAAUCCUGGCCUGGAUGAAAUCGAAGAAUGAGAAGAGUAACACUGACUGCACAGCCAUCCAGCAGUCAGAUGAGCAAUUUCAUCACUAAUAACUCAAGCCAUGCAGUCAGGCGGACCUACAGGGACCCCCAGCUCUGCCACUCACCAGCUGUGUACCUGCAGGCGAGUCACUUACCCCUCUUAGCCUCAGUCUCCUCGUCUGUAUGAUGGAGAUGAAUAAUACCCAUCUUUCCUGUUGUCUGAAGAUUAAACGCUUAGCACAGUGCCUGGUGCAUAAUAAAGAAUGUAUUUUCGCUGGCA